AUGGAGCCGGAAAGAGGUGGAUCCGGGAGAGGCACAGAUGGUCAGCAGCAAGUCCUUGAGAUGUCCGCCGUUGAUCUUCAUGGUGAUGAGGACAGAUCAAUGGAAGAUGGACAGCGAGGGGAUGAGCCUGCACCUGUCAGCGCCGUACGGGAGAGAGACUCCAAGCUCGAGCUUUUCGAGAGUGACCCUCUGGUCGAUGCUGUCGGCGUGAGAAGGAUGGCUGGUGAGCAUCCCAUGAGUCCUCGUGACGGCGAUGAGAUGCACGUUCACCGAGGCUCCGACAGGAGCAUGAAAGUAGCGAAGCUGGGUACACUGACCGGCGUGUACAUCCCGUGCGUUCAAAACAUCCUCGGAAUUAUCUUUUACAUUCGUCUUUCCUGGAUUGUGGGUAUUGCGGGAAUCGGGCAGAGCCUGCUGCUGGUUGCGCUGACGUGCCUCAGCACAGUCCUUACGGGCUUCUCCCUCUCUGCCAUUGCCACCAACGGCGCCAUGAAGGGAGGCGGUCCUUACUACCUGAUAGGGCGAGCGCUAGGGCCUGAGGUGGGAGUGAGCAUAGGGCUCUGCUUCUUCCUCGGCAAUGCAGUCGCUGGCUCCCUAUACAUUCUUGGUGCGGUCGAAACGCUGCUGGAUUGGCUUCCCCAGAUGUCUCUCUUUCCACCGGAGCAGGUGACGUUUGGCUUGAACUCAACGACCAACUCUACAGUGCAGCUGGCGUCGACGGCGGACAUGCAGGUGUACGGAGUGAUCGUCACCGUCGUGCUCUGCAUCGUCGUGCUGGGGGGCGUGCGUGUGGUCGUGCGCGUGGGGCCGCUCUUCCUCAUCCCCUCCAUCCUCGCCAUCCUCUGCAUCUUCAUUGGAAUCAUCGUUGCUCCCCGCAGCGGCAGCCCAGAGGGGCUGACUGGGCUGAGCACCAGCACACUGUCGAGCAACUGGGCGUCAGACUAUCAGAAGACCAACGCCAACGGCAUUCCUGAUGAAAACGGCAACUUCAAUUGGGACUUCACUCAGCUGCUGGGGCUCUUUUACCCUGCGGUCACAGGCAUAAUGGCGGGCAGCAACCGGUCGGCGUCGCUCAAGGACACGCAGAAGUCCAUUCCCAUUGGGACUCUCUGGGCUAUCGGCACCACCACGCUGCUCUAUGUGUUCGCUGUCUUCAUGUUCGGCUCUGUGGCGCUCAGAGACCUGCUGCUCACAGACAGGCUCCUGACGGCCACACUAGCCUGGCCGUCCCCAGCAGUGGUGUACAUCGGCAUCAUCCUCUCCACACUCGGCGCUGCCAUGCAGAACCUCAUGAGCGCACCGCGCCUGCUCACAGCCAUUGCCAACGACGACAUCUUGCCCAUCCUGGACUGGUUCAAGACAGAGGACGGCCAGGAGCCCUACCUCGCCACGCUCUGCACGCUCCUGAUCUGUGCUGGAUUCGUGUGCAUCGGAGACGUGGAUUAUGUGACGCCGGUUAUCACCAUGUUCUUCCUGCUGUGCUACCUCGGGGUGAACCUCUCCUGCUUCCUGCUGGAUCUGCUGGAUGCGCCCUCGUGGCGUCCCAGGUGGAAGUGGCACCACACGCUCACUGCCCUCGCAGGAGCCAUCCUCUGCGUUGCGAUCAUGUUCAUGAUAUCGUGGUUCUUCACGCUGCUGUGUCUGCUGCUAGCAGUGCUCAUAUACUACUACGUCAGCCUCAAGGGCAAGGCCGGUGACUGGGGUGACGGCUUCAAGUCCGCCUACCUGCAGCUCGCCCUGCGCUCCCUCAAGUUCCUUGGAGCGAGUCAGGUACACCCCAAGAACUGGUACCCCAUCCCGCUCAUCUUCUGCAAGCCGUGGGGCAUUCUCCCGCCUGACAUGCCAUGCCAUCCCAAGCUGGCGGACUUUGCCAACUGCAUGAAGAAGAAGGGGCGCGGAAUGACCAUCUUCGCCACCAUUCUCGAGGGCCGCUUCAGGGACCGGGCGGAGGAUGCAAGGUCAGCGAGCCACCUGCUGCUGAGCUACAUUGACUACAAGCGCUGCGAGGGAGUGGCAGAGGCCAUCGUGGCUGACUCGCUCAACGAGGGCUUCCGCAUUGCUGUGCAAACCAUGGGACUGGCCAACCUCAAGCCCAACAUUGUGUGCAUGCGUUACCCUGAGAUCUGGCGUGAGGACAUCCAGAGGGACAUCCCCGGCACGUUUGUGAACAUCAUCAACGACUGCAACACGGCGAACAAGGCGUGUGUGAUUGUGAAGGGGCUGGACGAGUGGCCGGGCGAGUAUCAGAAACAGUACGGCACCAUCGACCUCUACUGGAUCGUGAGGGAUGGAGGCAUCAUGCUGCUGCUCUCCCAGCUGCUGCGGGCGAAAGAGAGUUUUGAAAACUGCAAAAUCCAGGUGUUCUGCAUUGCAGAGGAGGACACGGGAGCGGAGAACCUGAAGCUGGACGUGAGCAAGUUCCUGUACGACCUGCGCAUGCAGGCAGACGUCAUCGUCGUCACCAUGAAGGCCUGGGAGGACGUGGUGUCCGAUGCUGAGGGCGCUGAGGCAGAGCUCGCCCGGCAAGGCGCCAUGGAGGCCUUCACUCGGGUGUGGGAGGACAUGGUGUCAGAUUCUGAGGGCGCUGCAGCUGAGCUCGCCCGGCAAGGCGCCAUGGAAGCAUUCACUCGGGUGAGUGGUGCAGGUUUGGCCAUGAGAAUGGCCACACGCACAUGGCAGGCCACGCUAGCACUAUUGAGCACUUACCGCAACUCACGAGACCAACGAGGCACCCGAGGGACCAUGGAUCUGGACGCCGUGGACUACGGAGAGGACUGGCGAGAUGAAGACGUACUUAAGGACCGGAUUGCAUGGUCCGCAGACGAUGCAGAAGCACGGGUUCCGCAUUCGCCGCUUGGUGUCCAUGGCGAUGAGCCAACGGCUACGUCGAAUCAGCGAACCGCACUUGCUGCUCCUCCGUCCGCCAUGGAUUGUCGCAACUAUGACGCCUCAACUUACGCCGAGCGCGUUUUGCGCGAGCGGAAGCUAGCCGGGAGCGUGAUCUACGCUGCCCUGCUCGUUCCGGGCGAGCACGUUAGCAUGCCGGCUGGAGAGCUGGGGAACGAAACGUGGCCGUCCACGUCAGCAGCGCCGCGGCUCGUCGCUUGCGCGUCGAGCAGCGGUGGCGUAUCGGUUCACUCCCUGGCUUCGUUAGUCGCCUCGCUGGUACUUCAUCUUCGGGAUUGGCAGAGGGAGACCGCGUCCUUUUCAAAAGUUGGAGGGAGAAGCCGUGUGGAGAGAAGGAAGUUGGAGGGAGAAGCCGUGUGGAGAGAAGGAAGUUGGAGGGAGAAGCCGUGUGGAGAGAAGGAACGCGCGCGUGCUCCAGGAGAGGGCGGCGGCGGGCCUUGGGGGGAAGCGGGGGAGGGGGCACGGCGGUUGGGGGAGGCGCAGCCCGCAGCUGCGGUACAGGCGCACAAGGGGGCGGCGUUUGGGCUGAAGACGUGCGCCAUGGGGGGGCACCCGCUGCUGUUCAGUUGUGGGGACGAUGGUCGCGUUGCAGGGUGGCGGUGGCGCGACCUUCUCGCGUCCACUCCUGCUCAAGCCCCUCAGGUGGCCCCGUGCGUUGACCUGGUCAACCCCCCCACCACGUGGGCUGCUGCAAGGGGCGUGGCAGUGGUGCCAGAGACGAACGCUAUUGAUGUUGACGAGCAGAGAAACACAGUUUACAGUGCGGCAGGCAACGGGUGUGCAUACGCAUGGGAUGUGGAGACUCAGAAGCAGGUCGCUGAGUUCAGGGGCCACUCAGACUACCUGCAUUGUGUGGUGGCACGGCCGCAGCACAACCAGAUAGUGACAGGGUCAGAGGAUGGCACGUGCCGAGUAUGGGAUUGCCGCACAGCCACCGCAGUGCUGUGUCUCAACCCCUUUACUGCGCGCCAAGAACCCCUCUCUCUUUCAUCCUCCUAUUCUUCCGCCUCGCCGUGGGUCAGCAGUGUGGCUGUUGAUUCUUCGGCGCCAUGGUUGCUGUGUGGAACGGGCGGCGGCACGGCGUCUCUCUUUUCCCUGCAGGCGCCUGCCUCUGCACUGCUGCACGUGUCUCUGGGUGCACCGGUGCAUGCCGUGGACAUGGGGAGAGAUGCAGAUGAGAUUCUUGUGGCGGGAGCCAGCGCUGUGUUGACUCGGUUGACUUUUGCCGGCCAGCUCAAGUCACAAACUGCCACGGCCACGCCAUCAAUCUACUCCCUCCACUCACAUGUGCCGUCCCAGCUUGUGGCAGUGGCGGGGAGAGGGGGGACGGUCGAUAUAAUCACCAGCAUUAACAGUCACCUGGCCACGUUUCAGUGUUUCUGA